AAAGGUAAAACCCUCCAAAUCCUUCCUCCUUUUCUAAAACCUCCACCCUUUUCUUUGUUCUCCCCCCUGCAGCCGCGCGCCGUCGCCCCCAUCUCGCCCUCCUAUAGCUCUGCUGCAUUCGCACGCCGGCACGCCACUCUCGUAGCCGUAAGACUGCUUCCGUGUUCUUCUGCAGCUUCUCGUGGUAAGCUCCACACUCAGUCUUCCACGCCUCUCCAUGGUGAAGGCUUACCUCCGAUACGAGCCUGCGGCGGCUUUCGGAGUGAUCGUCUCCAUUGAUUCCAAUAUUACAUACGAUAGUUCCGGAAAGCAUCUCAUAGCUCCAGCUCUUGAAAAGAUUGGAGUCUGGAAUGUUCGUCAAGGUGUCUGCACCAAGAAUUUAAUACCUACUCAGGGCUCUCGUGGUCCUUCUCUUGCUGUUACGGCCGUCGCCUCGGCUCCAUCUUUUCUGAUCGCGAGUGGGUAUGCUGAUGGUAGUAUAAGAAUUUGGAAUGCUGAUAAAGGAACCUGUGAGACUACUUUACAUGGACAUAAAGGGGCCGUUACCGUCCUUAGGUACAACAAGCUUGGUUCUAUGCUUGCAUCUGGAAGCAAAGAUAACGAUAUUAUACUGUGGGAUGCUGUUGGCGAGACAGGCCUCUUUCGCCUCCGUGGCCAUCGUGAUCAGGUAACUGAUCUAAUAUUUCUAGAUUCAAGUAAAAAACUCGUCAGUUCUUCCAAAGACAAGUUUUUAAGGGUGUGGAAUCUUGAAACACAGCACUGUAUGCAAAUAGUUGGUGGGCAUCAUAGUGAAAUUUGGUCAAUGGACAUUGAUCCAGAUGAGCGGUUUUUAGUUACUGGAUCUGCUGAUCAGGAACUUCGUUUUUUCACAACUAAACAUGAUUUGGUGGCUGGUAAGUCUGUCGAUGAAUCUAAUGCAAAUGGUUCCGAGAAGGAUAGAGAUAAAUCCACUCAAAGCAAAUGGGAAGUUCUAAAACUGUUUGGUGAAAUUAUGCGACAAAGUAAGGAUAGAGUUGCUACUGUGAGAUUUAACAAGUCUGGAAAUUUGUUGGCCUGUCAAGUGGCAGGAAAGACUGUUGAGUUAUUCAAUGUUUUGGACGAAACUGAAGCCAAGCAUAAAGCAAAACGUCGUAUUAAGCGGAAGAAAGAAAAGAAAGCUGGAAAGGGAGAACCGGAUGUAAUUGAAAAUGGCGAGACAAAUCAUGCUACUGGAGAAGAAGGAAGUGGCUCCAUUAUUACAGUUCCUGACGUAUUUAAGCUACUCCACACAAUUCGGGCUAGCAAGAAAAUUUGUUCCAUUUCUUUCUGUCCAAUUCCAAAAAAAUCGCUGUCCACAUUAGCAUUAUCUUUGAACAAUAAUUUAUUAGAGUUUUAUUCAGUUGAAAGCAGCGCAGUUACGAAAUUACAUUCUAUUGAACUCCUGGGGCACCGUUCGGAUGUCAGAAGUGUAACACUUAGUUCCGAUAAUUCUCUUUUGAUGUCCACUAGUCACAAUGCUGUAAAAAUUUGGAAUCCAAGUACUGGUUCUUGUCUUCGUACUAUUGAUUCUGGAUACGGGCUUUGUGGUUUAAUAAUUCCUCAAAACAAGUAUGCAAUUGUUGGAAACAAAAGUGGGGCUAUAGAAAUUUUGGACAUUGCAAGUGGCAGUUGCAUCGAAGUUGUAGAAGCUCAUGGUGGCGCAAUACGGUCAAUUGUGGGUUUACCAAAUGAAAAUGGAUUUGUCACUGCUAGCGCUGACCAUGACAUUAAGUUUUGGGAGUAUCAUAUUGAAAAAAAAUCGGAUCAAGAGCCUAAAACCCUUUCUAUAACGUUUGUGAGGAGUAUGAAGAUGAAUGAUGAUGUUCUUGUUGCUGCUGUUAGUCCUGAUGCCAAAUAUAUUGCUGCAGCACUGUUGGAUUCCACAGUGAAGGUCUUCUUUAUGGAUACCUUCAAAGUUUUCCGUACUUUAUUUGGUCACAAGCUACCUGUUCUGUGCAUGGAUGUCUCGUCAGAUGGAGAUUUGUUAGUGACUGGCUCUGCAGACAAAAAUUUGAAGAUUUGGGGUUUGGACUUUGGUGAUUGUCACAAGUCUAUUUUUGCUCAUUCUGAUAGUGUCAUGGCUGUUCAGUUUGUGAAGAAAACUCACUAUGUGUUCAGUGUUGGAAAGGACCGUCUUGUAAAGUAUUGGGAUGCUGACAAAUUUGAGUUACUUUUAACGCUUGAGGGGCAUCAUGCUGAUGUUUGGUGUCUUGCUAUCAGCAACCGUGGUGAUUUCAUAGUCACAGGAUCUCAUGAUCGAUCCAUACGUCGUUGGGAUCGAACUGAAGAACCAUUUUUCAUAGAGGAAGAGAAAGAAAAGCGGCUGGAAGAAAUGUUUGAGUCUGACCUUGACAAUGCAUUUGAGAACAGGUUUGUUCCCAGUGAAGAAGUUCCAGAGGAGGGUGCAGUUGCUUUGGCUGGGAAAAAGACUCAAGAAACUAUUUCGGCUACAGACUUAAUUAUAGAUUCUCUGGACAUGGCAGAGGCAGAAAGCAAGCGUAUGGCUGAAAAUGAGGAGGAGAAGAGAAAUGGGAAAGCUGUUCAUUUUGAGCCAAAUGCUAUGAUGCUUGGCCUCUCACCAUCUGAUUACGUUCUCCGAGCCCUUUCAAAUGUUCACACAAAUGAUUUAGAGCAGACAUUAUUGGCUUUACCAUUCUCUGAUUCUCUGAAGCUUCUAUCUUACUUGAAAGAUUGGACUUCCAAACCCGACAAGGUUGAGCUCAUUUGCAGGAUAUCUACAGUUUUGUUGCAGACACACCACAAUCAGCUUGUUACUACCCCUGCUGCAAGACCUGCGUUGACUAUUUUAAGAGACAUUCUUUACGCUAGAAUCAAGGAAUGCAAAGACACCAUUGGUUUCAACUUAGCAGCGAUGGAUCAUCUCAAGCAACUAAUGGCCAUGAGAUCUGACGCACUAUUUCAAGACGCUAAAUUGAAGCUGCAAGAAAUUCGUUCCCAAAAUUCAAAGCGUUUGGAGAUGAGGACAGAUAUAAGACGAGGAAAGAGAAAUAAAAAGAACAAGUAAAUCCACUGUCCCACUUGCUUGGGUAUAAGUUGGCUCCUACCUGUUACUUCGGCACUUUGUGUAGAGUGGGUGCUGUUCUGCAGGAAGAUACGGAAGAUUGUAAGAUGAUCGCUCACCAAGAUCGAUGGACAGCAGCAUUGUAGAGGUGAAUUCUGCAAGGAGGCUGAAAUGGCCGUACGCAUACCCCUAAUCAGCACAAAAUAGGCAUUGAGGAGAGUUUGUAAGAUAUCCCUUCACAAUCUUGAUCUUACUAUUAUAAGAGCAAGAAAUUCUCUGCAAUUUUGUUAUAAUGUUAUUAUGUUUACCUAGAAAUGCUGUUUAAGUUACAUGUAGGUGAGUUAGUUGUGGAAUUUUAUUUUUACUUUCAUUUAUUGAGGGAAUAUUGGAAGUGCUUACAUAGCU